AUGGGAAAAAUACAAGAAAAACGCAUUUUUAUUGGAAAUCUUCCAAUAAAUAUUUGCAAGCAAGAUCUAGAAAGAUGGCUUUUGUCAUUUGGGAAAAUUAUAGGCCCUUUAGAAAUUAUCCGAAAAUUACAAGGUAAAUUAUCAAGUAUAAAAGGUAGAGGAAUAGUAAAAAAAAAAACAGGACGUGAGAAUUGUUUUGCAUAUGCAUCAUUAGAAAUGACGGAAGAAUCAUGGAAUCGUUUUCAGUCAGAAUCGAAGAAGAAUGUUUUUGUUUCAUGUCAAUUGCGAGUAGAAGAAGCAAAACCAUUAUAUCAAGAUUUAAAAAUUAUUGAAAACGAAAGGAAUCAGUUAGAUUGUAUUUCUAAAGUAAAGUUGAGGAAGAAGUGGACAAGGAAUGUGUUAUAUGGAAGUUUAGCAGAAAAUAUAAAUUUGAUUAAAGAUGAAAUGGUAAAUGAUGAAACAAAGGGAUGGUUUAAGGGCACAUAUGGGCGUUCAAUUUCUAUUAUGCGUUUUAAAGAUGCGAUUACUGGUAAAAAAAAGAUACUUUUUGAUCCUAUAGAAAAAAUAAAUUUAAAAAAAUUAGAUGGUGAAAUAGUUGAUAAAAAUGUUUUAGAACUUACAUAUUUAUUUGACGAAUCAUCUGGCCAAUGGUUUAAUGGAAAGUUUGAUCGGAUAGACUCUGGAAAAAUUGAUAUAAAAAUAAAUGAAGAGUUAGAAAAAUCGCUUGAUUAUCAAUUCAAGCAAGAAAAACAGAGGAAUUUAUUUAUUUUAAAUGAAAUGUUUCAUGAUCCUUUAAUAGAAGAGAAAUUGAAUAAAGAAAAUGAAUCUAACUUGUUUAAUUUUAAAGAACACAUUUCUUAUCAAUCACAGAAUUCUUCGGAGUCAUUUAAUAAAGAUGAUUAUGUAAAUGCAGAGACAGUGCUUACUAGUGAAUUGAUAACUAAAGAUGAUUUAUUGAACAAACCAAAUUCAGAAAAAACAUUUUCUUUAAAAACAGAAAAAUCUACUGUUAAUUUGGAAGAAUUGAAGUCUAUAUUUUCUUCAAAAAAAGAAGUGGACUUGCAAAAUAUUCAAGAAAAUAAUUUUUGUUUUUUUGAUGAUAAUUCAGAUUCAGAUGAUGAAAUUAUUAAUGAAAAUCACAAGGAAACGAAUGUAAAUGCAAAUAAUAUUCCUAUACUUAACAAGAGGUGUUUUUUUAAUAACUAUUCACGUGAAUUUCCUUUAUUUUUUCCUCAUUUUAACAAUCAAGAAUUAUAUACUUUAUCUGUUUUCAGCAAAGUUCCUAACAUAUUUUCUCAGGAAAUUAACAAUGAAGAAAUUGAAAAAAAAUGGUUAGAUACUAGAAAGGAAUUUACUCGAGAUUGGAAACGUAAAUGGAAAGAAGCUCAAAAAAGGAAACGAAGGCUCCUUCGUAGGAAAAUCUAG